GUCACGCAAAUGGUCGAUACGAGUUGGUGAUAAGGGUUGUCCUGUUAUACUACACUCGGAAACGGAUCACUGUGAAAGGUGUCCAUUGGAGUGGUACGUCGAUUAGUGAGACAAGCAACGAGCAGCUAGUAUGAACGUCUUGGCAUCCUUGAGUUUUUUAAUGCUAACAGCUGUUGGUCAGUGUUUGGAGCGUGAACAAACAGCAAUUAUAAACACAACUUUGGGACCUGUUCAGGGUUCGAUAAAGCAAACUGUAUGGAACAAUGUUAAAUACUCUUCGUUCAAAGGAAUUCGUUAUGCGGCACCACCGGUUGGAAACCUCAGGUUCCAACCUCCUCGACCACCACAACCAUGGACCAAGGUACUGAACGCUACCAAAGAAGGUAGCGUGUGUCCUCAAAUAGACGGUUUCUCGACCGAGUACAUGGGAGACGAAGACUGCCUGCAUCUAAGCGUAUUCACUCCCGAGACGAAUUUCGACACGGGAAUGACCUUACGGCCCGUUAUGAUCUGGAUUUUCGGUGGUUCCUACACCACUGGCUACGUUAACACGACGCUCUACGGACCUGACUUCCUCAUGGAGCAAGAUGUUGUUGUUGUCAGCGUUAACUAUCGGCUGGGCGCUUUAGGAUUCCUGUAUCUGAAUAAUACAAAAGUGUUGGGCAACGCUGCUAUGAAGGAUCAAGUUUUAGGGAUGCGAUGGGUGCAGGACAACAUCGCCGCAUUUGGAGGCGAUAAAACCAAGGUGACGGUAGCUGGACAAAGUGCCGGCUGCGCUGCUGUGUUACUUCAUCAUUUGUCCGAUAAGUCGAAAGAUCUAUUCACCCGUUCGAUAUGUCACAGUGGAACGCCAUUGGUUUUGUUGUUUUCUACUCCAGUCAGUGCACUCAAGUCUGCUCAUCGACUAGCUGCUGCCCUAGGUGUUGACAAUAAAGACACAAAUCAAAUAUAUCGAGAGCUCGUUAAUAUUCCUGCUAUGAAACUCGUACUCGCGACAUCCUCCUUCAAAGGGUUGUCACUAUCUGACUUGUUACCAUUUAGGCCAACCAUUGAGAACCCUGCGAAUGCUUCUCCGCAGAACACAUUCUUGUCGGAGUGUCCUAUAACGUUGGUUAUGACAGGCAAGUUCAAGAAGUGCGAAAAAAUAUUUGGAUAUAUGGCUAACGAAGCCCUUGAGUUUACCGAUAAACUCUUUAGUAUGGCAAAUCAAACUAUGGUGUUUCGUGAAUUGAACUACAAACUCAUUGGAAAGACAGCACAGUUUUUGACAACCGUCGUCGCAAUCCCAGCAGUCGACUACACCCAAAGGCUCCUGGAAGCAAACAACGACGGUUAUCCCAUUUAUUAUUAUGUAAAUUCAUACACGUCGAAUUAUUCUAUUCACAGAGCCUUCGGAAUUCCAAUAGAAGGUGCUGCCCAUAUGGACGAUGUCGGAUUUCUCUGGAACGCAGACGCAAUGAACGCCCCUACUGAUCCAAAUGCUCCAUUAAACCAGUUUCGACGUAAAUACGUCACUUUGUGGGCGAACUUUGUCAAAUAUGGAAAUCCAACACCGAUCACCAAUAACCCCAUCGGUGGAGUAGUUUGGCAGCCGUCUGGAAGACGCGGUGUGCAGCUCGAGAUCAAUGAUAAGUUCAGAAUGGUUCCCCGUUCGAUACCCCUUGCAUCUUUGGCCAUAGAGACAUUUUUGUAUGCCGCGAAGCCAGUUGCAAGUUGCUGCCAUAACAUUUCAUACGAUGUUCCUUAUACCAGCAUUUUUCCUUGAUUUGAUAGUCUUUAUUCCAGCAAUUAAAUAAGCUGUCGAAGUGGCACACUUAAACAGAGUUAUGGAAAAUUCUUCUUUAUUGCUUAAAUAUCUAUUUCGUGGUUUGACUGAAGAAAAAUUGUAUUUGUUGGUAUCUGAACAAUUGUAUUGUACCAUAAUGCUUUUACGAUGUAGAAUCAUUUUUAUUAUGGUUGAAAGUCAUUUGAGGUUUGAAACUCUAACUGAUUAAGCUCUUGGAAUAUCACUUGUCCCGCAUUUGUAGGGAUGGAAAUUAAAUCACCUCGCCUAUUCAUAAUAUUAAUAUGUUAAUACUGUUGUAAUGCUAUUACUUGUAUAUUGUAAUGCUAUUAUUGCAUAUUCGUAUUAUAUGUAUACAUGUAUUGUAUAUCUAAUGUUUGUAAUGUUAUUAUUGCACAUUUUUGUAAUUAUAUUCAAUAUUAACCCUUUGAAUACAAAGAGCGU